AUGGAUAAGAGCCAGGUUGCUCUAAAACCUGAGUUCAUUCCGCAAAUUUGUGUUCUUGGAGAUUCUGGGUUUGUGAGUGUGCUUGAAGAUUUGAUGGAAACAGACGACACCAUGGUGGAGCUAUGUACAACAGUUACUCCUGAUGAGUGGAAUCGUGGGGGUGAAGUGAUUACAAAGCAGAUGGGUGAAGGCAAGUGGAUUCAAGAGAAUCAUGGAACACUUGGGAUCAUCCAGAGGUCGCUCUCAAGUUCAACCCUGGAAGCUGAUGGUCAUGAAGGGACAGCUAAGGAGUUGUGGGAGAGUAUGGAAGCUGUGUAUGAGGACAGAUCGCAUCUAUGCAAGGUUUUUGUGGUUAAGCGGGCCAUUGAGAAUCUGAGGCAAGAUGGAGAAGAGCUCAGUAAGCAUCUUGAACGCUUUAAGAGCUUAUGGGCAGAGUUGAAGGCACUCAGACCGAGUACCUCAGAUAAAGACAUACUGAAGAGAAGGCUAGAGCAAGAUGAAGUGUUUAGUCUUCUGCUGAGUUUAGAUAAGUCUUAUGAUAAGCUGGUCAGGAAGAUCCUCACGGAAGAAGUCCUACCUGAUGUGGAGAGUGUGUGUGGUUUGGUGAAGCAUGAGCAAGCAGCGAUGCAGCCGGAUAAGAGGAGAAAGAUUACUGAGCUAGAACAAGUAAUCACCGGCAAGAGCUUGUAUUCAGCAUACAUAGGAGACAUAAAAGAUGGGGAUAGCUUAACAAACAGACACGAGAAGGGUGGAGCUGAUGAGGUGAUUACCAGAAGAGAAUGGGAUGCAUUUGUAGCCAAAGCGAAAGCACUCACUGCAUCAAAGAAGCAAGGAAGUCAUUCAGUAAGGUCUAAACCUAUUAUUGUGGAUUCUGGAGCCAGUCAUCACAUGAUCAGUGAUAGGAGUCUGAUGGAUGAAGUGAGAGCAGCUACUGGAAAUGUUCAGAUAGCAAAUGGAGAUAAAAUUCCUAUAGAAGGGAUAGGAAGCUUGAAGCUAUUUGACAGGGAGUCAACAGCCUUGUACCUGCCUCAGUUUACCUCCAAUUUGAUAUCUGUAAAGAGAGCUACUAUUGAUUUGCAAUGUCAAGUAGUAUUCAGGCCACAGGAGGUUGAGUUUCAAGAUCUUGUUACGGGUCAAGUGAUUGGAAAGGGGAGCAGUACCAACAAUCUAUACCAGCUACAAUCAACUAAGCUCUCUAAACCCUCUAUCUCUAUAUGCAUGAGUAGUACUGCUGAUGGCUAUGAAAAAUCUAAGUAUACAUGGGUCACAUUGCUUCCCUCCAAGGAUAGAGUGUUAGAGGCAUUUAUAAACUUCCAAGCUUAUGUCACUAAUCACUAUAAUGCUACUGUGAAGGUACUAAGGUCAGACAAUGGAGUUGUCUCAGCAUGUUAUCUCAUCAACAGGACACCGACGAAAGUUCUGAGGGAUCUAUCUCCAUUUGAGGUACUGAACAAGGCUAGGCCGCAGAUUCAACAUCUGAGAGUGUUUGGGUGUACCUGCUAUGUAUUGGUUCCAGGAGAGCUGAGGAAGAAGCUUGAUGCAAAGAGCACUAAGGCUAUGUUUAUUGGAUACUCCAUUACUCAGAAAGGGUAUAAGUGCUAUGAUCCAAUAACAGGGAGGGUGUUGGUGUCUAGAGAUGUCAAAUUCAUUGAAGGAAAAGGGUAUUAUGAAGAAAAGAUAUGGGAAGAUUUGAAGGAUCUUCCACAAACGCCAUCAGAUAAGGCAACAAAUCUGAGGAAAAUAUUGGAGAAUCUUGGGAUUAGCAUGACCCAGGAUCAGGGAACAAGAAGAGAACCACCAAGAAGCCCAAGUACUCAUGAGGAGGAAAGUGAAAGGAGGUCCCCUCUUGAUCAUGAGGGGGGAAGUGAAGCUGAAUCAGGAGUGCAACAACAACAGCAAAGUGAUUCAGGAAGUCAUGAUCAAGGAGAGACACAAGGAGAAGAGAGUCCAAGAUCAGAUGGAGAUGCGCAGGCUGAUAGAGAGAGUCCAAGAUCAGAUGGAGAUGCGCAGACUGAUAGAGAUGAGCAGGCAGCUAUGCAAAAUCCAGUCGAGUCAGUUGGGAUUCAGGAACCAGAAACAGAGGUCAACCACUGA